AUGAGCGAGCCACAGCAGAACUCGCCCUGCUUGGAUCCGGACGCCGUCAUUGCCGUCGAGAGUGCCAUUCCAAAGCAGCGGCAGCAACUGCUGAAAUGGAACGGUUGGGGCUACAAAGACUCACGCUUCGAGUACGUCAACGGCACGCUGAUUUUCACCGGUGAUCGAUACCCGAUCGGAGGUUCGCUCUCGCUGCCAUACUUUAAGGAGUACGUCGAAAAGUAUCUGGGGGUGGAUCUGAAUAAUCGGCAUGAAGGCAAUCCCCUGCCACAACACUACCCCGAUCCGGUUCAAUGUUCGGAAUUCACGUCACAGCUCGAGCAGCACCGAAUCGAGUACAGUCAAACUGGCGAAGAUCGACUCGUUCGAUGCCACGGUCAAACGCUGCAUGAUAUUCACACUCUGCGUGCCGGAAGCUUCAAACGGAUCCCGGAUGUCGUUGUGUUCCCUACCAGCCAUCAGCAGGUUGUGCAUGUGGUAAACGCAGCCAAUAAGUGUAAUGUUGUGGUGAUUCCGUACGGUGGAGGAACUUCGGUGUCCGGUGCGUCGACCUGUCCUGAAAACGAAAGUCGACCCAUUGCAUUACUGGAUACAAGCCAAAUGAACAAAUUACUGUGGUUUAAUCAGGAAAAUCUAACCGCAUGCUUUGAGGCUGGAAUUGUAGGACAGGACUUGGAACGAGUCGUUCGAAAACUAGGAUACACCGUAGGGCAUGAGCCGGACAGUUAUGAAUUCUCUACUUUGGGCGGAUGGGUAGCCACCAGAGCGUCCGGGAUGAAGAAAAAUCUUUACGGGAAUAUUGAGGAUAUUUUGGUAAAAGUGAGAAUGGUGACGUCUCAGGGAGUGCUGGACAAGAAUGUCACCACCCCUAGAAUGUCCUGUGGUCCUGAUUUUGACCACAUUGUGCUCGGAUCGGAAGGAACACUUGGAGUUGUGACGGAGGUGGUGAUCAAACUGCGUCCCUUGCCGGAGGUGAAAAAGUACGGAUCUCUCGUGUUUCCGGACUUUGGGUCCGGGAUAAAGUGCCUUCGGGAGAUAGCCAAGCACCGACUGCAACCGGCCAGCAUUCGACUGAUCGACAAUGAACAGUUUGUGUUCGGACAGGCCCUUAAACCUGCGGGAGGGUUUUUGACUCACUUAUCAGGCGCCUUGCAGAAGGCGUACAUCAGCAAGUUCAAAGGUAUGAGUUUGGACAAGAUAGCGAUAGCCACUCUGCUGUUCGAAGGCAAUGCCAAGGACGUGAAACAUCACGAGGAACAGAUCCUGGGGAUCGCCAUGAAAUACGGUGGAUUCUCUGCCGGAAGCACCAACGGCGAAAAAGGUUACAUUCUUACCUUCGUGAUCGCCUACAUCAGGGAUCUAGCUCUCGAGUAUAGUGUAGUAGCGGAAUCGUUCGAAACGUCCGUUGCGUGGGAUCGGUGCGAAACGCUCUGCACCAAUGUGAAAAACAGAAUUCGAAAGGAAUGUGCCAAACACAGCAUAAAAUACUACCUCAUCUCGUGCCGGGUGACGCAAUCGUACGAUGCCGGAGCGUGCGUGUACUUCUACUUUGGCUUCAACCACACCGGGUUUGCCAGUCCGGUGCACAUUUAUGAAACGAUCGAAGGGCAAGCCCGGGACGAAAUCCUCGCCAGCGGUGGAUCGAUCUCGCACCACCACGGCGUCGGGAAGAUCCGUUCGCGCUGGUAUCCGAAAACCGUGUCCGACGUCGGUGUCGGCCUGUACCGGGCCACCAAGCGUCAACUAGACCCGAGGAAUAUCUUUGCCGCGGGGAAUUUUCUCCCGCCGGAGGAGAACGGUGAACGGGAACACCGCCAGGGCGAAGAUCAGAAGCUUGUUUCCAAGCUGUAG